AUGGCGGCGGGCGGCGGCGGCAGGAAGACGCCGUGGACGGAGGAGGAGGACGAGGUGCUGCGGCGAGGGGUGCGCGAGCACCGGCGGCAGAACUGGGCGGAGAUCGCGCUGGCGCUGCCCCGGCGCGGGCCCAAGUCGUGCCGGCUGCGGUGGUGCCAGCACCUGUCGCCGGAGCUGGACAGCCGGGCCUUCACCCCGGAGGAGGACGCGCUCAUCGUCGAGCAGCAGCGCGUGCACGGCAACAAGUGGGCCACCAUCGCGCGCUGCCUCACCGGCCGCUCCGACAACGCCGUCAAGAACCGGUGGAACUCGACGCUCCGCAAGCUGCGGCCGGCCGCCGCGGAGAAGGCGGUCGCAGCCGCGCACGACGACGCCCCGGUUUGCCUCGAGCUGUUCCCCGCGAGGGCCGGGGGCGUGAAGGAGGCUGCGGUGUCGACGGUGGCGGCGGGUCGGUUCUCCCGUGAGAAGGAUGAGGAGGACGUGGCGACCGGACUGACGCUGGGGUUGCCGGUGCUGAGCGAGGAGGCGGAGGAGCUGGAGCUCAGGCUCCGGCCUUCGUGGCCGGCGACCAUGUGA